CGAAGGCUUUCGGUGGCGUAUCGUGUUUCCACGUUUUAACACAGAGUUGACACUUCUUUCUAGUUAAUUAUUUUAUGCGAGAUGCAACUAUAAAUACCAGCCUUAAGCUUGUUUCAUAUAGACGCGAAUCGCGAAUUGCGAAAAGCGAUUCGCCAAAAAAUAUUCGCAAAAUUUGGACCUAUUUCAUACAGUCGCGAAUUUUUAGGGACAUUUCAUUUUUGCUCCACUGAAAGUUACCAAAAAAAAAUCAUAACCUGAGAUAACUUAAUUUGUUUUAUACGUGUUUACGAUCUUUAUUUUAUAUUUUAUAGCAUACAAUAUGAGUUUAAAUUUGUUUAAUAAUUAUGAAUAUCGAUUACGAUUGUGGGAUUGGAAUAGAAUAAGGUGUAAAAUUGCCAUUUACUUAUUGUUAAAACGUAGAAGAGAAUGGGUUUAUAGCACAGGUUUAUAGGUCAUUUAUGGGCCAUUUGGGACAUGUGAAAUAUUCAAAUUUCGUAAGCAACAAGGUGCUUGUCGCAGUUUAAUUCAAAAAAUAAGGAAGAAAAAUGAGAAAAAAUUUCGGAAUUUUCAGAUUGUCUGUAUAGGAGUUUGAUAACUUGGUUGAAGUUGAAAAAUUGUCGCCAUAUAUAUCAAAAACAUAUUAUGUACGAGAACCCAUUUCAACUGGAGAAAUGCUUUCAGUUACUUUGCGGUAGCGUCGUCAAAAUAAUCGAUAACCGCAUCACAACACCAUUCUGCGCAAACGCGUACCUUAAAAUCGCGCGAAUAUUCGCAAAAAGUUGAAAACACUUUAACUUUCCCGCCCCCCAAAUUUUAAAUCUUGCGAAUCGCCAAAAUCUUAACAUUUCUGACAGCGCCGCCAUGAUCAGUAAAAUUGGACCAAUGAGAGCAGUUUCGCAAAAUCGCAAUUCGCGAUUCGCGUCUAUAUGAAACAAGCUUUAGUAGGCCAUUGACGUGCCAUUGACCAUGAUAUGGCCCAGAACCGUGGUUCGGUUUCCGCGUAAACAAAUUAGGCUGCGUUCAGACAGUUCAGAUUAGCCCCGGCAGCGAGAAGAAGACGAUAACUUUUAAAAAAAUAACUUUUUUUGUAAGAAGAGCUGCUGCCAAAAAAAUUUAAAAUGUCGCUAAAAGAUAACGCAUCUUUAUUACGAUCAUCUAGAAGAUUAAAAAGGCAAGGGGGUUCUUUGAAGCCCACUCGAGAAAGCGAAUACGAGGAAGAUACAAAACAUUUUCCUACUGUACUUGCAAAAUGUUACGAAGAGUUUUCUGUUGCAGAAUUCCCAAUAAUUAAAGAAUAUGUUAUACACGCCUAUGAUCAGAUAGCUUUGCUUGAUUUUCAGGAGAACUUAAUUGAAUACAUUGAUAUCAGAACUUUUUGUGAAGUAUAUUAUGAGCCUGACAGAUGUUCUGUAAGAAAAUUAGCUUGUCGGUUACCAAAAAUUACUUCUAAUGCGCUUUUAGCAUUAAAUAAAGCCAUUUCUAGUUGUCUGAGUUUAUCCUCUCUAGAUUUAAAUUAUUGUAAUCUCACUUCUAAACAUUUGUUAAUACUAAAAAAUGGCAUAAAAGAUUUAAAAACCAUAACUGACUUAAGUUUGAAAGGAAAUCCAAACGAAGAACAAAAUUUUGAAUUAUUUGUUAAUAUGGGACUUAAAUCUUUGAGCUUAAAAUUUUGUGAAAUAAACAAAAAUGGUUUAAGAAGGUUAUCGAAUGAAUUCUUAAAUGUAUCUCCUGGAGUGAGUCUGAUACAUUUAGACUUAUCAAGUAAUAUGGUCUUUAAUGAAGGUUGUGAAUAUAUAGCUGAUAUUUUAAGAUGCGAUAGAUGCCUUUUAUCUUUAAAUCUGUCAGAUUGUAAAAUCUCUGAUGAGGGAAUUGAGGAAAUAUUGAAUUGUUUUCAUCCAUUUCAACUAAAAGAAAAAGAAAUAUUACAGAGAAGAAGAAUCAGGUUUGAGUAUUAUAAAAAAAUACAGAACUAUGGUAGUUGUCAUAAAGACAUUGAAGAACAAAUUGAAAAGCAUCCUUUUGUAUGCGAUGUAACAGUGGAAAAUGGAGAAUUAUUGUGUAAAGGGAACAACGUUUUGAAAAACCUUAAUUUGGCAUAUAACCACAUCUCCAAAGAUGGCUUGCAAUCAAUACUUAAGGUGCUGAUGGCACAGAUGAGUGUGGAUAUUAGUCUUAAACGUAUUGGAACUGAAGGAAACAACCAGAAGGAUCACCAACAUAUAAAUAAGGCUAUUGAAGAAGUUUUAGGUGGAAAAUUACUGGGAAAAUCUGAGGAAAGUGUUCGAAGCUCUAGAAGAAGAAAAUCAAGUAGCAGGAAUUCACAAAUAAAUAAUAUAUAGACUUUAUUGGAAUAUAAUUUAAUAAUUAGAA